CUUAAGAAAUCAAUUGCAAGAAAUUGCAAAUUCAGAUUGGGAAAAAAGAUUAGAGUGUUUAAUUAGCAUUAUUCGUGGACUUGUUGCAAUUCAUAGUUUAAAUCUGGUUCAUAAAGAUUUACAUAGUGGAAAUAUUUUAACACUUUUGGAAAAUGAAAUAUACAACUGUUAUAUUGUAGAUUUGGGAUUGGCUCAACCUGCAUUCCAAUCUAAUUUUGUAAAAGGUGAUAUUUAUGGUAUUUUACCGUACAUAGCACCUGAAGUUUUCAAACACAAUCCUUAUUCACAGGCUGCUGAUAUAUACAGUUUUGGUGUAAUCAUGUCUGAAAUUAAUACAGGAAAACCUGCAUACCAUGAUCAAGAACAUGGUAUAGCUCUUGCAUGUGCCAUAUGUAAUGGUCUUCGGCCAAAAUUUGUGGAAAAAACACCACAAAUUUAUAUUACUUUAGCAAACCAAUGUAUGAAUGCAGAUCCUUUUAAACGUCCAACAGCCAGUGAGAUAGAAAAGGUUUUAGAGAUUUGGUAUAGUGAUGAAGAGAUUACAAAAUU